UCCUCAAAACAAACGCAAUAGUCUCUCCAGAAUUUAGGAAUCAUAUCCGCCUUCCUGAAUAUCUUCUUCCUUUGUUCUCCCUUCUCUUGAUUCUCCAAUUUCGGAGCCCUAUAUUCUAUCGGCAUUUGAUUAUAGGCACUUUUGUGGUUUUGUUUUUGUCUUAAUUUGCAACGAAAUCAUCGCAUUCGAGUUUGAUGGUUUUUUUCUUGAGGUUUCGAUCUCCAUAAUUCGAUACCAUGGCGGCCGGCGCAUUGGCAACCUAUGCGGGAGCCGCUUUGCUUAUGUAUUAUCUUCUGAGCCGGAGAUUGGCAGCAAAAGGUGAUGAAGACGAUCGGAGUGAUAAUUUGUCCGAAUCGAUUAGAUCGGGAAGGAGAAGGAUCUCUCGGAGGCCGGCUCAGGCGCCGGCGACGUGGUUUGAGACGAUUACUACUCUAUCGGAGACUCUUAGGUUUACAUACGCCGAGACCUUGGGGAAAUGGCCGAUCGGCGACUUGGCAUUUGGCAUUAAUUACUUGAUGCGGAGACAGGGUAAUUUACAAGUUGCUAAUGUGUAUGCGGGCAACGACAGUGUACAACUCAGAGGUCCUGAAAUUAUCGCAGAGUUGAAGAGUUUCUUGCGGUUGCUCACCUUCUGCAUGCUUUUCUCUAAGAAACCGUUCCCAAUUUUCUUAGAAUCUGCUGGCUAUUCUCAGGAGGAUGUGCUUAUUCAGAAACCAAAAGCAGGGAUUUUGAAGCCUGCGUUUACAAUAAUUCGUGACAGUAAUUCAAAAUGCUUCCUUCUACUGAUUCGGGGCACUCAUAGUAUCAAAGAUACAUUAACAGCAGUAACUGGUGCAGUGGUUCCUUUCCAUCAUUCAGUUUUACACGAUGGUGGAAUAAGUAAUCUGGUUUUAGGAUAUGCACAUUUUGGGAUGGUUGCUGCAGCUCGUUGGAUUGCGAAGCUAAGCACUCCACGCUUACUCAAAGGUCUCGACGAUUUUCCCGACUACAAAAUAAAGAUUGUUGGGCAUUCUCUUGGUGGAGGAACCGCUGCUUUAUUAACAUAUAUUCUUCGAGAACAAAAGGACUUCUCAUCUACCACUUGCAUCGCAUUUGCCCCAGCGGCUUGUAUGACAUGGGAGUUGGCAGAAUCGGGUAAGCAGUUCAUCACAACAAUUAUUAAUAGUUCAGAUUUGGUUCCCAGCUUCUCUGCGGCUUCUAUUGACGACUUGCGAUCUGAGGUGACAGCAUCAUCGUGGCUGAAUGAUUUACGAGAUCAGGUGGAGCGUACCAGGGUCCUCAGUGUUGUCUACCGCUCUGCGAGUGCUCUGGGCUCACGCCUUCCAUCCAUAGCUACUGCCAAAGCUAAAGUCGCCGGCGCCGGCGCCCUUCUCCGCCCAGUCUCUACCACCACCCAGACUGCCGUGAAAAGCGCGGUUGUGAGAACUCGCUCCUCUCUGGCUUCCUGGUCUUGCAUGGGCGCCCGCAGAAGAAACGGAGGCCUUUUACCCAAUCCCACAGAGGAGUUGCCUGAAGCCCCUCUGAGAACUGAAAGAAAACACGAAUCACUCAUUGCUGAUGAUGAAGUUACAACUAAUAACACAAUUGUAAAGAAAAAGAAGCUAGAGUUUGGCUCUAGCUCGUUGGGUGAUGAUGAUAGUUCAGAUCAUGACACCGAUGAUGAGCGGCACCACCUCAUCAACGAAGAUAAAACCGUUGCCUCCUCAACCGAUGUCGACGACAUUACCGAUGGUGAGUUGUGGUAUGAACUGGAGAAGGAACUGCAGCGACAGGAGAAAAAGACCAGGACCACCACCGAUGUUAUUACUCGAGAAGCCAAUGUGGCUGCAGUAGCCAAAGAAAUCGUAGAAGAAGAGGAGAGUAUGCUUACCGAAGUGGAGGGGAGCAGUGAAAAGCCAUUGUCUUCUCUGGACGCUUCUGAAAACAUUCGUUUCUAUCCUCCUGGGAAAACCAUGCAUAUUGUUUCGGUCCCCUCAUCGGAUUCUGAUAAUAGUUUCGUUCAUGACAAUGAGAUUGUGCAGGAAAGAGUUGGCAUAUACGAGACGCCAAGAGGAUUGUACGGUAAGCUGCGUCUCUCUAGAACAAUGAUAAAUGAUCAUUACAUGCCAAUGUACAAAAAGAUGAUAGAAUUGUUGAUCAACCAACUUGAAAGAGAUGUAUCAAGCAGCAAUUACGAAAUGUAAAUAAAUAAUUUCAUAAAGUGGUUUGAUUGAAUCUCUAUAUUAUAAACGAGAAGAUAAAACUGUUAACAGUAUU